AUGUCUUCCACGAAAAUCUUAGUUUCGCGCAACCGCACAAUGCACAACCCCAAACACUCGGUGUGUAUGUUUUCGACUGACAAUACGAGCCACGAGUUAGGAUACAUUCAGAUUUUCGAGCUGGGUGACAGAACAAGCGCUCACGCACCAGCAGCAGCAUGGAACAGCAAGUCGGGUGCACCGAGCACGCCGAUCGCAGCACGUCGCAGAUCUGAGGAAGCGAUCAACGGGCCGGAAGAGGACGGACGAUCGGUGCAACCGUCCGCUUGUCCGACCGGAAGUGGGCCGAACGAAACCACACAGCAGCCUCCCAGCCAAGAGUACCGACAUACCACCACCACAACGAACCACAACAACGGAGCCGAAGAAAUGCGGCGAAUCGAAUUUUGCAACAGUUCCGCCACCAACUCAACCACCCCCGACUCCACCGUUGCUGGACCGGAUGUUGUUACGAAUCCAGUACGAUUGGUGGUCGUUCGUGUACGUCAUCGAAACGACAAUAUAAAUGUACAUUUGCAUACAUACCGCAAUGGUGGCGGUGGUAAAUGCGAACCACUGCGAAAGGAUUGGUGCAGAAUGCUGUGCCCCGGUAUGAUUUCUGUGCACGAGGUCCUGCUGGCGGUAUUUCUCAGUAUGGCGGUCCUGUCGGUGGACUCAAAAUCGAUAGACACAAAGCAGGAGCAGCAGCAGCAGCAACACCAACAACACCAUCCCCACCACCAGCAAGCCCAAACACCGGAGCAACGCAUGUGGUUAAAUCCCUGUGGCUAUCCUUCGCCGUACGAAAUUACGAUCAACACUCCAAUCAAUAUCGACCUUUCGAAGAUGCGUGAUCAGGUCAACACAUCGCUCGGCACAAUGGAGGUGUCAAUCAGGAACUACACUAAAACCAUCUUCGGUGUACCGAUGGAUCGGCAUCACACGACCUGGGAAAGUCGGGACGAACCGUGGAUCUAUAAGGACCUGCUGCGUAUACCGAAGAAGUUUCGCAACGACAUUGUGGACACGAUCUAUAUGCGCAUCUCGUACAUGUCGAUCCAGGAAGCGACGCGUGAUUUUUACCGCCUGCUGAAGGACUCGUACCGCCGCUACAUCAGGCUCGCGAAGGGUAUCGAAAAGAUGAAGGAAGAUCUGGAGAACGUGCACAACAAGGCAAAGUAUAAGCGGUACGAGAUUGAGCUGCUGAACCAGGUCCGGGAGGAGGUGCGUCAAAGCCUGCAGCAGGUGCUGUGCGAAAUCUUCGAGGUGUUGGUGGUGAUCGACAAAAAGUUCUUGUUCCAGACGCUGCGAGAGGACCACUCGAUCGACAUCAACGACUCGUAUCUGGACGAAAGCGAACGGAAGCUGCGCGACUGGACGAUCUACCGCGAGCUGAUCAACCAGCUCGAGUACAUCAUCCAAUACAUGAAAGCGCUCGAGCAGCGGCGCGCGGUGAAAGGCGCCAACCAAAGCACUGAAUAG